GGCGGCGGCGGCGCUGGCCGGGGCGGCGCGGAGCGGCUCGCCCAACCGCCGGUGCCGGCGAGCUCCAGGCUGCUUGGGGAAUUCACUUCGCCGCUUUUACGCUCCUAGGUUCCCCGGGAUUCUUCUUGAUGGCUCUCUGCCUCUGGCCCUCUCCGUUCUUUUAAAAGGAAAACUUUACUGCCGUUUCCCCCUGUCCUUGGAGGAGAGGAUUAAAAGUUCCCAGAACUGGUGCGGCUCGGGCGCCGGGACGGGUGUUCGGCGGCGGGGGCUCCACUCCCAUCAUGUGCACCAACAUAGUUUACGAGUGGCUGAGGGCGCUGCAGCUCCCGCAGUACGCCGAGUCCUUCGUGGACAACGGCUACGAUGACCUGGAGGUGUGCAAGCAGAUCGGAGACCCGGACCUGGACGCCAUCGGGGUGCUGGCGCCCGCGCACCGCCGCCGCAUCCUGGAGGCCGUGCGCCGGCUGCGGGAGCAGGACGCCGCGGCCGCCGGCCUCUACUUCACCCUGGAGCCCCAGCCGCAGCCCCCGCCCGCCGCCGCCUUCCCCACCGGCCGCCGGGGGGAGCCGUGCGGCGGCGGCCCAGCCCAGGGCACCCGCGGGGACCCCCGCGGCCAGACCACCGCCCCCCGCGGCAGGGAGCUGGUGAGCUAUCCCAAGCUGAAGCUCAAGAUCAUGAUCAGGGAUAAGCUGGUCCGUGACAGCAUCCACCUGAGCAAGCCUCCCUACUCCCGCAAGGUCCCAUUGGCUGGCAUCCUAGAGUACUUAAUGAAUUGGCCGAAGUCAUCACAGAACCGCUAGAUAUCAUUUUUGGGAACUCGUGGAGGACUGAUGAGGUGCCUGAAGACUGGAAAAGGGCAUAUUUAGGAACUUCUUUCAAAAAGGGAAAUGGAUGAUGACCCUGGAAACACUCAUCAGCUUAAAUUUUGUUUGGAAAAAUUCUGGAAUAAUCAGUACACUGGGUAACUAACCUACAAAUAGCUAGACAUGAGGCAGUGAAAGAUCACACAUUAAGAAGUGCCAAGUUCAUUUGUAAAGGACACAUCAUUGUGAGAUACAGUCUUAUGCAUAUUUUGGAAUCUUCCCUCUAUUCUAUGAGCUCUUGAUGAAAAUAAAUUAGUUUGGCUAAGGUUUUGGGGAAUUAAUUUUAAGUGUAACACUAGACAAGAAGCAGGUUUCUGGCAUUCGCUAGUAAUUACAUCAUUUUGAAAUUAACCUGUAACUUGAGAAUAGUAGCUUUAAUUUUGUAUUUUAACAUACUCCCCCCCCCCCCCAUUUUAUAUAGGACCAUGUUUUUAUAGGUUAGGAUGCUUAUAAAUUCUAUAUAGGAUAGUUUGGUGAAGGAAUUCUUAUUUUAAGGUACUUUCUAUGGUCAUUUCAUAUAUAGAGGUACAUUUAUAAAGCUGACUAAUUAAGGCACAUCACCAAAGGAAGCCGAUGUUUUCUAACUUUUAAAAAAAUUUUUAACCUGGCUGAAGUUCAGAUUUAGGGCCAAUAGACUGCCCUACUCUGACACUCACUGAGCAAGACCAGCUCUGGCCUUGGUGGCUGGUUCUCUUCAUUCAGUGGACACUGCCACGACCGGUGCCUUGUCUCACCUCACCCUGCGCCCCCGGGGUCUGACCUCAGGUCUGUGGGGGCAAGGAGGUGGGAGUUAAGAACCCUGUCUGCAGCCAAGAUGGAGAGCAGGAUGAGGUGGGAGGAGGAAAUUAAGAUGGCUCUGGGUGUUGUUGUUUUUUUUUAUUCCUUUUGUUCUUGCCUUUGGAUAUUGGCAGUUUUAUUUUCCACGUUGGUAGGACCAAUAAUUUAAAAAAGAUAUAGACAUGCAACAAGCUCUCAAGUCAGGCAGCUCUUGAGAGGAGCUGAGCAGAACCUUCCUACUGAAAAGUGAGAUGCAGGUUUGCAGCAGGGUGGUGAUGCUCCAGAGCUGGAAACACGCAAAGGGAAAGAAACCUACAUUCAUUUCUUCCUGGUAUGCAUCUGGUCCCGAGGAAUGGGGUGGGCAGGGAAGGGAGAUUCCAUCACAGUACUGCUUUAAAAAAUAGAAGGUUUACAUGGUCUAGCUACUUCUAGAGAUUAAUUUAGAUACUAGAUAAAUUCAGUCUCAUUCUUCACUACAAAUUUCAGGAAAUUAAGCUCUAAAUGUAUGUCCAAAUUUUCUUUUAAACAUACAUAGCUUGCAGUUUUAUAAGAAUUAUACUCCAAACUUCAGUCAUUGUUCUUCAAGUGAACUAGAGUCUUUAAGAUUAACAAGCUAUUUUUAAAAAUUGAUUUUAGAGAGAGAAGAAAGGAAAGGGUGGGGGGGAGAGAAAGAGAGAGAGAAAUAUCAAUUUGAGAGAAGAACAUCUAUCAUUGGCUUCCCACACACACCCCGACCUGGGAUCAAACCUGCAACCUGGGUGUGUGCCCUGACCAGGAAUUGAACUGGUGACCUUUUGGUGCUUGGGACUACUUGCACUGGCCAGGGCAACAAGCUAUACUUCAAAAGGAGUGUGUCAGGGGAUCUCUGCAGGUCACAGAUAUAAUUUAUUAUGAUAAUAAAUGGCUUCCUGUUGGAGACCUCAUUUCCAGGUGCAGCACCUGUGGCGGAUUUAUUUCACAGACAUACAUUUACAUGCGUUUGCUGAACUGAUGCUAAAAAGGGCCCUAAUUUUUGAAAAAUCUAUUGUUUUCACUGUGGGCAUUAUGGUCCAACGUAAUGCAACCAAAAAUGGGACUUUUCAAGUUUUUGUUUUUGUUUUUCUUCUAUUUGUGUGAUGUCCAACCUCACUUAUCUUGACAAAUUUAAGUCUUCUCUGUGUGUUUGCUAUUAGAGUUUGAAAAUAACAGUCCUCUACCUAAUUUAAGACUCACAACUUAGAACGUGAAAUAGCUGAUAGAUUUUAAAGAUUGUUUUUUACCUAAAACCAGAGGAAGAAGACUUUAAGCAGAGCAGUAUUUCAUUAAUUCCUUUGCAUUAAAUCAAGAUGAGGUAAGAGAAGGUCAAAGAAGGGUAGUCACCUUGCCAUGAAUUGUAUCUGGCAAUAAUUGCUCUUAGGAGGAGUUAUUCUCCCCUCCCACCACCAGUGUUUUUCUUUUAAAUUUAACAUUUAUGAUGCCCUUAAAUUUUUUUUAUGUAAAAAAAGUAGCUGAGGGACAAGUGUUAUCAAAACUAAAGGGUUAUCUUAAUUUAUUUUUUCCUAGAACAUCAAGGGAGAUUAAUUACUGACUUUUACAUCAUAAUACUGAGGAAUUUGGAGGAGUAUGGCAAAGUUCACUUCAAGUUCAUUUUAGAACCAAGUUUGUUGGGGGAGGGAAGAAAGAUUUUAUUCAGAAAGAUUUUUUUCUUGGUCUAGGGAAUGCAUAGUUACCAAAGGACUUUUCAGCAGUGUAGAAUAGAUGCACUCAAGCAGUUUCUCAGUCCAGGGAGAUGCAUAGCACCCUGGUGUUGUGAAAGCAACAAGAACAGUAAGAAUUGGGUUUUUACUUUGGAAUUCCUCAGGUCUUAGUUCAAAGUCAAGAUCACAUUCAUAGCUGUUUUGUCUGUGGUGGAUCCAAGAACAUAAACUGUAGAUAGCAAGGAAUGAUCUUGAACAAUUAUUAAAUUCAUCACAGCCUUUUAUGCUUGUCCGUAAAAUGGGAAAAAUAAAUACAUCCUGUAGAGCUUAAGAGGCUUAAAGUUCUGCAGCCUACACUCACACAGUCCUUUGCUCAGCUUGUAGCACAUGGUAGGUGCUGAGUGCCUCUCUCUCUUUCCUUCUUUGCUACCAGUUACCUUAAAACGGACCAGAAAACUCAAAUAUAAAUUGACCUGUAAUUAUUGCUGCCUCAAACCCCCUGGAUAAGGCCCCUUUGCUUUCUUUUAGGAGGAUAAAAGAAAAAGUUACAGUGGCCCUUCACAGUAGGAGUUUUGUAAAUGUUUACUGAUUGUAUGAAAGAAUUCAUGCGGCCCGCCCUUGUCAAGUCUGGGAGAUAGUCACAUAGACACAUAUGAAAGUAUUUAGCUAAUCUUCCUCUUUUUAAAACAGCUUUAGACUUAUAAGUCUGGUGUGCAAAUUAGUGAAUAGUAGAUAUGCAUUUCCCUGUGAUUUUUUGUGACUUGAUUUACAAAUUAGGGGUGCAAAGGGGAAGCCCCCAAUCACUGCUUCUGGCUAAAGUCAGUCAAGAUAUGAAGCAGAUGAUGAUAAACAGCAAACGCUUCUAUGUGAAGAGAAACCAGAUGUGCCAGGGCCUGGGAAGCACCUGCCAGAAACCGAGAUGGUUCUCUCGUGAGAGUCUCACUGCCGGAAACAGGUCCCUUGCCUGGGUGCUGAGGAAGAACAAAAGGAGAGAUUCAAGAACAUUACAUUUUGGACAGAAUAUUUGGUUUAUGUAACUUUGUACCAGUAAUACUUGAUUAGGUGCCAUAACACCAUGUUGGUGGAAGAGUUCUGAAUUUCAAAGUAAAUAAAAAAGGAAUAAAGAGUAGCAUAUAAUAUCCAGAGAGAUACACAGAAAUGAGCUAAGCCUGACCUUACAUCACCAGUUCUCCAUUCAGACCAAGGGCCAAGUAACAGGGAAUCCUUAGGAGAGAUUAGCUGACACCCUGUGCUUAGAAUAGAGCCAUGUAGUUGCUGUAUUAAAUGACACAAAAUAGAUUUUGCAGAGCAGAGCAAAUCAACUAGGCUUUCUUUCUCUUUUAGAAUUUCUAAUUUUACUCUAUGCAGCCUCAAUGAUCAUCAAUUAGACAUUCCUACACAGAUAUUUUACACUGUUCAGAUUCUUUGAUUAUAAAAUCCCAUUCAGCUUUAUAUUUACUUCUAAGGAGAAAAAAAAUCAAAUAACUUUCUACUCCAUGAUCAUUAUAGUAGAUAUUUCCUUAAAAGAAAAAAAAAAGUAGUUUAGAAACAUGAACAACGUAACAUUUUCAGUUAUUAAAAUAGAUGUUUCUUUUAAAUGUUUUUAAUUCCUGAAAAUAAAUAUUUAUUUGUUGUUGUUAAAAGAUAACUUUUAGAGGAAAAUGGGGGGUUAAAUUUUACAUGUGUGAGCUGGGUGGUAUUUUUUUUUUUGACAAGUUGACCAGCAUUUCUUUCAUUGGAACAAAAAGAAGUCACUUUUUAAGCAUCACUUAAGAUGACAAAUGUUUUUUCUCGAUGUAUUCUGUAACAUGACAAAUUUUCCCUUAUUAUUUCAAAAAUGAAAUGCUGUAUUGCAUGUGUUAUGGGCAAGGUAGUAUUUGAUUGGGACAAAUGUUAGGAAUUCUACUGUUCAUUGCAGUUGUCACCCUGUCCCCUAAGCUUGACAGUAUUUAAGAUCCUUUUUGGGUUUGUAAAACCAUUAUUCCUUGAGCAUUUCUGCCUAUACAGAAAUGUGUGCAUGGCCCUGUAUAACCAACACGUGUACAUCCAAGUAGCCCAGCACAGAGUCAUUCCUAGUGAAAACUGCAGGUUUGAUUUUGUAAAUGCAAUUACAAUGGACCCUCCCGCCCCCCUUCGGUUAUUGUUUUGAAAAGGAUUGUAUGAGAAGGCACUCUGAAAAGCCUAAUUGGAACAGCAUUAUGGACCAUGCAAUGUGUGCCCGUGCAGCCCUGUGACUGGCAAACAUGUUCAUUCUUCAAUAAAUGUUACGGCGUUCACAGCG